CUUGCCACUUCCACCCGGCUGAUGCUUCGAUCCUGCCCUGGGUAACGUUCUCUGACAAUAGACUGAACAGAACUCAUGAGCGGACUCAAAAAUUCGCCAUUCGGGAAACGCUUACGCGGGGCCGCCGACGACAGCCCCAAGAAAACUCGCGGGCGAUUCAACCCCGUGUUCCCCGUGGCUUCAGCAUCUACCCCUUCGUUGGACUCCAGGCCCGGAACGAGCGAAGGUGCAACGCCUGAGAGCCCAGAGCGAAACGUACAUAAGGACUAUGGAGACAGGUUCGUCCCAAUACGCGACGCCGGAGACUUGCGUACCACGUUCCACCUCAUGGACGACGCGACGCCCUCGACGCCAAGUAAGAGCCGUAUCAUCCCCACCGAAUCCGACGCGAUCAAGGAGCAAGCCAACUCCGUUUUCGGCAGUAUACUGCACAACGAAAUUACCCCCGGUUCCCCGCAACGCCCCGGCUCUCCUGUACGCCCUCCUACAACAGCCACCGCCAACCCGCCUACCACACCAACCCGUCGCCGCUUGUUCGCAUACCACUCUCCGUCCCGCUCAAAUCCUGCUACACCCUCUCGGCGCUUAGAUGUGCCGACGGACGAGGCGUACUCAUUGAGUCCGGUCCGUGCGGAGACCCGUCAUCUGCUAGAGAGCCCGCGGCGACAGCUUCGGAGCGUAUGCAAGACCCCAUACCGCGUGCUGGAUGCCCCGGAGCUGGCGGACGACUUUUACCUCAAUCUGGUAGACUGGUCCAGUACGAACGUGUUGGGUGUGGGACUUGGGUCGUGUGUGUAUCUGUGGACAGCACAUACGGCGCAAGUGUCGAAGCUAUGCGACCUCGGCAAUCUACACGAUACGAUCAGUUCAGUGUCAUGGGUACAGAAGGGGACGACUCUGGCUGUGGGCACAUUGUCUGGACGACUGCAUAUAUACGACGCCAACACACUGCAGUUGACUCGGACGUACGAGCGCGCGCACGCUCAACGCAUCGGCGCGCUGUCAUGGAACUCGCAUAUCCUCAGCUCGGGUUCUCGUGACCGUAUGGUGCACCACCGCGAUGUGCGAGAGGCUGGGAUGCGACCGUUCAAACGAUGUCAAGGGCACCGACAGGAGGUCUGCGGCCUUCGCUGGAGCGGGGAUGGAGGAGCACAAGCGGCGACGCUAGCCAGCGGAGGCAACGACAACAAGGUGUGCAUCUGGGACUUACGGGGGUCUAAGCGGCCUGGCGGGCUCGGCGGAACCCAAGGACGCGUCGGGAACGUCCCAGGGAGUUCAAGUGGUGGCGACGACGGGGACACCCCAUUAUGGAAGUUCCAUGAACACACGGCCGCCGUCAAGGCUCUCGCUUGGGACCCGCAUGUAUCCGGUAUCCUCGCGACGGGAGGCGGUACCGCCGACAAGCACAUUCGUUUCUGGAACGUACAGACUGGUACAAUGUUGAGCGAACUCGACACCGGCAGCCAGGUAUGCAAUCUCAUCUGGUCCUUGACAUCGCACGAAAUCGUCUCCACGCACGGGUUCUCGUCAACGACCGCGCAGAAUCAGAUUUGCAUCUGGAAGUACCCGACGCUCGAUAUGGUCGCCUCCCUGACUGGCCACACGCACCGUGUCCUGUACCUCGCCAUGAGUCCAGAGGGCGAAACGAUCGUGACGGGUGCGGGCGACGAGACGCUGCGGUUCUGGAACGCCUUCCCGAAGAAGGAGAACCACCAGGCACGGCAGGAGAGUCGACUGGACUACGGUCGUCUCAUUCGUUGAGUUGGAUAGGUCGCUGGCAUACUCUCGUCGCUUAUCAUUAUUGCGUAUCGGUUCUACGUUGCGGAUACAAGCUCGUUCUCUCGAGUACGUCUGUUCAUAUCGUUCUAGUGCCGGCUGCGCCGGUCAGUUACUCUAUCCUCCCUCCUGGCCAACGCAGCCCGCUACCGGACAGGCGGAGUGUCGAUCAAUAUACAGUACCAUCUUGUAGUCAUCUUGGCUUCUUCCGCGGCCAUACGGUCCUUUCCAUCUGCUACUCUAUCACUUGACGCUGCCAUCUAGUUGAACAUGGACGCUCUGCACCUAUCAUCUACCACACCAUCCACAUCCCAUUGUCCAUAGGUCUCCAUCACUGUACAUCCGACCCCUCCGCGGUCAUAAUAUCCACUUGCUCUGUCCCUCGUGUAUCGGAAAUGACUUUGUCGCUUUCAUGGUGGUUUUGCUCGCCUAUGAUUCACCCAUGUUUCAUUCCCUACUCCCAUUUCCCUUCCGCCUCUUCUUGCUAUGUCGGAUUACUACUGAUUAGCUGUUGUCGCUAUACGCUUCCUCCGUCUCAUAUUAUCUUUCCUCCUAUCCUCGUCUCUCCAUCUUGUAUGGCUCCUCAUGACUUGACUUGUCAUCUGCACGCAUGCCGUUCCCUUUCUGUCCCAUUGUCAAUAUCAGUCUUACUCGCCUUUGUACGGUCAAAUUCACAGUCCAUCUUGUCUCCUUAAUUCCGUUCCAUGUGUCGUUUCUUCCGUACCUACAGACC